AUGGGAAAACCUGUUUCACCUGAUUUAUCCAAGGUUGAGUCCGAUUCAAUUCAUCGCCAGCGUCGUGUUCAAUCUCCUUCCUCACAACAUGAACGUUCAUCAAUUACAUCGAGCAGUCAACCAGAUACAUCGAAAGCAGAAUUACCAACAGAAGAAGUCAUAUUGAAACGACAUCUUGGCAUAUUCUCAGGAGUUUGUUUUAUUGUUGGGAUCAUCAUUGGCUCUGGUAUAUUUGUUUCUCCAAAAAAUGUUUUAAAAGAUACAAAAUCAGUCGGUUUCUGUUUGAUUGUUUGGGCUGUAUGUGGAUUACUUGCUUUACUUGGAGCACUUUGCUAUGCAGAAAUCGGCACAGUAAUACCAAGAAAUGGUGCAGAAAUAGCUUAUUUAAAAGAAGGUACGGUAAAAAAUCCAUCCGGUAUUGCACUUUCAUUUUAUGCUGGUCUUUGGGCAUAUGAUGGAUGGAAUAGUCUUAAUACAGUAACAGAAGAACUUAAAAAUCCUCAAAGAAAUCUAUGGUUAUCUAUUGUAUUGGCAUUGCCUGCUGUUACGGUCCUUUAUGUUCUUACUAAUAUCUCUUAUUUUACUGUAUUGAGUAAAGCAGCAAUGCUUAGUUCAAAUGUGGUCGCUGUGACAUGGGGGGAAGCUGUAUUGUGGCAUCAAGCUGUUCGUGUUCUACUCAUUCUCAUUUCUAUUAGUGCAUUAGGUAGUGCUAAUGGAACGCUCUUUGCAGCUGCUCGAUAUUGUAUGGUUGGUGCUCAAUAUGGAUAUUUGCCAGAAGUAUUUGCAUGUAUUCAUUCAAAGAGACUGACUCCAUUGCCUGGUAUUGUUCUUCAGGGUUUCAUUGGAAUACUUUUCUGUCUUCCAAGUGAUAUUUAUGAUUUGAUCGAACUUUUCAGUUUUGCUGCAUGGAUUUUUUAUGGAUUAACAUUUGUUGCUACACUUUGUUGUAAAUUUACAAAAAAAGAUGCAGAACGAGUGAUUAAUGUUCCUAUUCCAUUGAUUAUUAUUAUUAUUAUUAUUUCAAUUUAUUUGGUUAUUACACCUGUAAUUACACAGCCAAGUGUUAAACUUCUUUAUGCAACAAUAAUAAUGUUAGUUGGAUUGGUAUUCUAUUAUCCAUUUGUCUAUCGUAAAAUGGAAUUCAAUAUUAUGAUUGAGUCUAAUUCAAUUCAUCGUCAUCGUUCUGAUCAAUCAUCUAUUACUGAACAUCGACAUGCACCAAUAACAUCCGUUGUUCAACCAGAUUCAUUAAAAGUUGUGUUACCGCCAGAUGAACCCAUAUUGAAAAGACAUCUUGAUUUAUUCUCAGGAGUCUGUUUUAUUGUUGGCAUCAUCAUUGGUUCUGGUAUAUUUGUUUCUUCCCAAGGUGUUUUACAAGAAACACAAUGUACAUUUGUAUCUUUUCUAGGAACACUUUGCUAUGCAGAAAUUGGUACAGUGAUACCGAGAAAUGGCGCAGAAGUAGCUUAUUUAAAAGAAGGUACAACAAAGAAAUCGUUUGGUGUUGCACUCGCAUUUUAUAAAGGUCUGUUUGCAUACGGUGGAUGGCAUAAUCUUAAUACAGUGACAGAAGAAAUUAAAAAUCCUCAAAGAAAUUUAUGGUUAUCGAUUGUAUUAGCUUUACCUUGUGUUAUUAUUCUCUACAUUCUUACGAAUAUUUCUUAUUUCACUGUGAUGAACAAAGCUGAAUUGCUUAGUUCUAAUGCUGUUGCUGUAACAUGGGGUGAAGUUGCUUUAGGCCCUGCUGUUCGUGCAUUAGUCAUUCUCAUCUCAAUUAGUGCAUUGGGAAGUGUUAAUGUUAGUUUAUUUGGAGCUGCUCGGUAUUGCAUGGUUGGUGCUCAAUAUGGAUAUUUAUCUGAACUCUUUGCAUGUGUUCAAACGCAAAGAUUAACUCCAUUACCUGGUGUUGUCCUUGUGGUUGUAUCCUCUAUUUGA